CGCCAAAGGAUCACAAUAUACUUAGAAAGAUUAUAUAUUGGCUUUGUUCUUCUUCUCUGAGCAAAUUUUAUUUUGAGAAUUGUGACUAAAAUAUGGCACCGAUCAAUGAUCAGGAACAGGGCGCUGGAUUUUUCACUUCGUUUGCUUCGACCCUUUCCAGUUUUGGCAACGCCAUGUCCAAAUCCGUUAAUGGCUUGCUAGGUUACCAAGGACUUGAAAUCAUAAAUCCUGAUGGAGGCACUGAGGACACUGAGGUUGAAGCUCAAAAAGGAAGAUGGAAGCCGGAGGAUCGGGACAGUUAUUGGAGAAUGAUGCAAAACUAUAUUGGCUCUGAUGUCACGUCAAUGGUGACACUUCCGGUUCUCAUCUUCGAGCCUAUGACAAUGCUUCAGAAAAUGGCAGAGUUGAUGGAAUACUCGUAUCUAUUGGACUUGGCUGAUGAAUGCGAGGAUCCACACAUGAGAUUAGUGUAUGCUGCCGCUUGGUUUGUGUCUUUAUAUUUUGCGCUCCAGAGAACAUGGAAGCCGUUUAAUCCAAUUCUUGGUGAGACAUAUGAGAUGGUCAACCAUGGUGGCAUUACAUUUAUUGCAGAGCAGGUUAGUCAUCAUCCUCCAAUGAGUGCAGCUCAUGCAGAAAACGAACAUUUUGUUUAUGAUAUUACUUCGAAGUUGAAAACCAAAUUUUUGGGGAACUCAAUUGAUAUAUACCCUGUUGGAAGGACAAGGCUGACUCUCAAAAGAGCUGGUGUGGUAUUAGAUUUGGUUCCUCCUCCCUCAAAAGCUAAUAACAUUAUAUUUGGACGAACUUGGGUUGAUUCACCCGGUGACAUGAUCUUGACAAACCUCACCACAGGAGACAAGGUUGUUCUGUAUUUCCAACCUUGUGGAUGGUUCGGUGCUGGUCGUUAUGAAGUGGAUGGAUACAUAUAUAAUGCUACGGAAGAACCUAAAUAUUUGAUGACUGGGAAGUGGAAUGAGUUUAUGAGUUACCAGCCUUGUGACGCUGAAGGAGAACCAGAGCCUGGCUCUGAACUUAAAGAGGUUUGGAGGGCUGCUGAUGCCCCCAAGAACGAUAAAUUUCAGUAUACGCAUUUUGCACACAAAAUAAACAGCUUCGACACUGCACCUAAGAAGCUACUGCCAUCAGAUUCUCGUUUGCGUCCAGACCGUUUGGCACUUGAGCAUGCGGACCUGUCCAAAGCUGGUCUGGAGAAAACCAGGUCCCUAUGUAGGGUGUAACCCUCCAGUGGUAUUUCCUUCAAAUAUAUCCUAUCAACUAUUACACACGAUGGAGUA